CCCCAGCUGCAGCCAGCGACAGAGGAGCCGGCGGCCGAUGGCCGGGCCGCCUCCGUCCAGGAGCUGCACCAUGCGCACGAGGCUCAACAGAGACAAGCGAAGCUCGUCAGGAAGCUGCAGGCUAAGGUGCUGCAAUACCGGUCGUGGUGCCGGGAGCUGGAGCAGCGUCUGGAGGCCGUGGAGGGACCCGGCGCCCGUAAGUGGGAGGACAAGGAGCUGAGGCUGGAGCAGCUGCUGACCCGUCUGGAGGAGGAGCAACAGAGGUGCCAAGGCCUGGCCGAGCUCAACACCCGGCUGCGGCGCCACUUGGAAGAGGCCGGCGUGGUCAACCGGGCCCUACGCCAAGACGUGGGGAAACUGAGCACCGACUGGAGCCGGGCCCACGAUCAGCUGGCCAGGAGGGAGAGCGAGUGGAGGAUGGAGCAGGAGUUCUUCGAGGGCUACCUCAAAGGGGAGCGCGGCCGCCUGCUCGGCCUGUGGCGGGAGGUCGUGACCUUUCGGCGCCAUUUCUUGGAGAUGAAGACGGCGACGGACAGGGAUCUGUCGGUGCUCAGGGCGGAACAAGUGCGACUGUCCGGCUCCCUGCUGGCCAGCUGCCGGGGCCUGACCACCGCGGUGGGAGCCUGGAGGCCCACCGGAGAGGAGCGGCCAGCCCAGUCCCCGCACAGCCCACAGCGGCCCCGAACACAGACCCAAGAGGACGUGGAGAAAGCGGAGCUUCAGGACAGGGUGGCCGAGCCGUCCGCGCCCCUGGCUCAGAAGCGGAAUGAAGAGCGGGAGCAGGAAGUGACGAGGCUCAGAGCCACCGGGGCCCCGGGGCUGACCCUUCGGCAGCAGCUGGCAGAGCACGAGGCCUCCGGGCAGAGAGAGCCGCAGCGGCUGGAUGGUGAAGAGCACGGGGAGGAGGAGGAAGAGGAGCAGGAGGACCAGCUGCAGGGAGAGCGGGACGUCCUGGCCGCGCAAGCCCAGGGCCUUCUGGAAGAAAGGGACACCCUCAGCAGGGAGCGCGGGCGGCUGGAGGAGGCCCGGGGGGCGGUCCGGCGGCGGCUGGACGUCCUGGAAGAGGAGGCCCGGCGCCUUCGCACGCACAACACCGACCUGCAGCUGCGGGAGGAUACCGCCCGGCGCCUCGAGGAGCAGCGCCAGGGCGACUUGGCGCGGGCCCUGAGGGAGGCCGAGCGGCUGCAGGGGAAACUGGACUUCUUGGAAGCCAAGCAUUCGGGGGCACAGAGCAAGGUGGUGGACCUGAGCCAAGCCCUGGACACGAGCCGCUUGGAGGGAGAGCUCCUGAAGCGGGAGAUGGAGGAGACGGCCAAGGCCCUGGCCCGGGCGGAGGGCUCGGUGGCCGAGCUGUCCGGAGCCGAAUGCCGCCUGAGGGCCGAAGCGGCCGACCUGCGGGACGCCGUGGCCAAGGUCAGCGCCCUCAACGAGGCCCUGGCCCGCGACAAGCUGGACCUCGGCCGACAGCUCCUGCAGCUGGAGCGGGAAAACCAGGCGGCGGGACGGGCGGCGGCCGAGGCGGAGCGGGAGAGCGGGGCCGUGCGCGCCCAACUGCGGGAGGCGGAGAGGAGCGCGGAGGCCCUGCGGGCCGAGAGCUCGGACCUCCGGUCGCGCCUGCGGCGGGCGGAGGAGGCCCGGGCCCAGCUGCAGGAGGGCCUGGGGGCCGCCAGCCGGGACCGAGACCAGGCCCGGGAGCGGCUCGGACAGGUGCAGCGCCAGCAGGAGGAAUCCGCCCGCGAGCUGGAGCACCUGCGGCACGAGGCCCGGCGCCACGGGGAGGCCGCGGCCCGCGAGGCGCGCGACAAGGAGGCCGCCGUGCGGGUGCAGGCCCGGCUGCAGGUGCGACUGCAGGCCGCCGAGCGCCAACACCUGCUUCUCUCCGAGCGGCUGCUGGAGCGCAGCUCGGCGCAGGAAACCCUGGAGGCCCACCUAUUCGAGGCGCAGCAGCAGAGUUCGCUCCUGGGGCUCAGCGCGGGGCAACUGCAGAUCCAGCUGCAGACCGUCACCCAGGCCAAGGAGGUCAUCCGAGGGGAAGUGAGGUGUCUGCAGAUGGAGCUGGAGGCCGAGCGGAAGCGGACGGAGCAGGAGCGGGAAGCCCAGGCCGCCCGGCAGCAGGAACUGCGCCAGCUCCGGGACCAGCAGGCCUCUGCCCGGGCUCAGCACCAACAGGAACUGCAGGCUGUGCUGCAGCAGGCGGACCGGGAGCAGACCGAGCUGCGGGAGGAGUUGCAGCGAGCGGACCGGGAGAAGACCGAGCUGCGGGAAGCGUUGCAGCAAGCGAGCGGGGAGCGGAGCGGCCUUCGGGAGGCCUUGCGGCUGGCAGGCGGGGAGCAGAGCCAGCUGCAGGAGGCUUGGCGGCAAACGGGGAGGGAGAAAGCCGAGUUGCAGGAGGAGCUGCAGCAAGCGGGUAAGGAGAAAACUGAGUUGCAGGAGGCGUUGCAGCAAGCGGGCAGGGAGCAGAUGGAGCUGCAGGCAGGAUUGCAGCGAGCAGAGCAGGAGAACACCAAACUGCAGGAGGCUUUGCAGCUCGCAGAUCGGGAGAAGGCCGACUUGCAGGAGGCGUUGCAGCGAGCGGGCAGGGAGCAGAACAAGCUGCAGGGGGACUUGCAGCGAGCGGGCAAGGAACGGAGUGAGCUGCAAGUGGCACUGCAGCAAGCUGGUAGGGAGCGGAGCCAGCUUCAGGAGGCACUGCAGGAAGCGGGCAGGGAGAAAAUUGACUUUCAGGAGGCAUUGCAGCGAGCGGAUCAGGAGAAAGCCAAACUGCAGGAAACUUUGCAGGGCGCAGAUCAGGAGAAGACCGAGUUGCAGGAGGCGUUGCAGCGAGCCGGCAGGGAGCAGAGCGAGCUGCAGGCGGCUUUGCAGGAAGCAGGCUGGGAGAAAACUGAGUUUUGUGAGGCGUUGCAACGAGUGGAUCAGGAAAAGAUCAAACUGCAAGAGGCUCUGCAGGUCGCAGAUCAGGAGAAGACUGAGUUGCAAGAGGCGUUGCAGCGAGCGGGCAGGGAGCAGAACAAGCUACAGGCGGCAUUGCAGGAAGCCGGUAGGGAGCAGAGCCAGCUGCAGGCGGCAUUGCAGGAAGCCGGCCGGGAGAAAACCGAGUUUCAUGAGGCGUUGCAGCAAGCGGACCAAGAGAAAGCCAAACUGCAGGAGGCUUUGCACAUCACAGAUCGGGAGAAGACCGAGUUGCAGGAGGUGUUGCAGCAAGCGGGCAGGGAGCAGAACAAGCUACAGGCAGCAUUGCAGGAAGCAGGCAGGGAGCAGAGCCAGCUGCAGGAGGCAAUGCAGGAAGCCGACCGGGAGAAAACUGAGUUUCAUGAGGCGUUGCAGCGAGCGAAUCAGGAGAAAUCCAAACUGCAGGAGGCUCUGCAGGCUGCAGAUGGGGAGAAGAGCGUGCUGCAGGAGACCUUGCAGCGAGUGAGCAGGGAGCAGAACAAGCUACAGGCGGCAUUGCAGGAAGCCGGCAGGGAGCAGAGACAGCUGCAGGAGGCAUUGCAGGAAGCGGGCUGGGAGAAAACUGAGUUUCAUGAGGCCUUGCAGCAAGCGGACCAAGAGAAAGCCAAACUGCAGGAGGCUCUGCAGGUCGCAGAUCAGGAGAUGACCGAGUUGCAAGAGGUGUUGCAGCAAGCGGGAAGGGAGCAGAAAAAGCUACAGGCGGCAUUGCAGGAAGCCGGCAGGGAGCAGAGACAGCUUCAGGAGGAAUUGCAGGAAGCCGGCCGGGAGAAAACUGAGUUUCAUGAGGUGUUGCAGCAGGCGGACCACGAGAAAGCCAAACUGCAGGAGGCUCUGCACGUCACAGAUCGGGAGAAGACUGAGUUGCAGGAGACAUUGCAGAAAUCAUGCAGGGAGCAGAACAAGCUACAGGCGGCAUUACAGCAAGCAGGCAGGGAGCAGAGCCAGCUGCAGGAGGCAUUGCAGGUAGCCGGCCGGGAGAAAACUGAGUUUCAUGAGGUGUUGCAGCGAGCGGACCAAGAGAAAGCCAAACUGCAGAAGGCUCUGCAGGUCGCAGAUCGGGAGAAGACCGAGUUGCAAGAGGUGUUGCAGCGAGCGGGCAGGGAGCAGAACAAGCUACAGGAGGCAUUGCAGGAAGCCGGCAGGGAGCACAGACAGCUGCAGGAGGCAUUGCAGGAAGCCGGCCGGGAGAAAACGGAGUUUCAUGAGGCAUUGCAGCAGGCGGACCAAGAGAAAGCCAAACUGCAGGAGGCUCUGCAGGUCGCAGAGCAGGAGAAGACCGAGUUGCAGGAGGUGUUGCAGCGAGCGGGAAGGGAGCAGAACAAGCUACAGGCGGCAUUGCAGGAAGCCGGCAGGGAGCAGAGCCAGCUGCAGGAGGCAUUGCAGGAAGCGGGACGGGAGAAAACGGAGUUUCAUGAGGCGUUGCAGCAAGCGGACCAAGAGAAAGCCAAACUGCAGGAGGCUCUGCAGGUCGCAGAGCAGGAGAAGACCGAGUUGCAAGAGGUGUUGCAGCGAGCGGACAGGGAGCAGGACAAGCUACAGGCGGCAUUGCAGGAAGCAGGCAGGGAGCAGAGCCAGCUGCAGGAGGCAUUGCAGGAAGCCGGACGGGAGACAACUGAGUUUCAUGAGGCAUUGCAGCAAGCGGACCAAGAAAAAGCCAAACUGCAGGAGGCUCUGCAGGUCGCAGAGCAGGAGAAGACCGAGUUGCAAGAGGUGUUGCAGCGAGCGGACAGGGAGCAGGACAAGCUACAGGCGGCAUUGCAGCAAGCAGGCAGGGAGCAGAGCCAGCUGCAGGAGGCAUUGCAGGAAGCGGGCCGGGAGAAAACUGAGUUUCAUGAGGCAUUGCAACAAGCGGACCAAGAGAAAGCCAAACUGCAGGAGGCUCUGCAGGUCGCAGAUCGGGAGAAGACCGAGUUGCAAGAGGUGUUGCAGCAAGCGGACAGGGAGCAGGACAAGCUACAGGCGGGAUUGCAGCAAGCAGGCAGGGAGCAGAGCCAGCUGCAGGAGGCAUUGCAGGAAGCCAGCCGGGAGAAAACUGAGUUUCAUGAGGCGUUGCAGCAGGCGGACCAGGAGAAAGUCAAACUGCAGGAGGCUCUUCAGCAAGCGGAUCAGGAGAAGAGCGUGCUGCAGGAGAUGUUGCAGCAAGUGGGCAGGGAGCAGAACAAGCUACAGGCGGCAUUGCAGCAAGCAGGCAGGGAGCAGGGCACGCUGCAGGAGGCUUUGCAGGAAGCCGGCCGGGAGAAAAUGGAGUUUCAUGAGGCGUUGCAGCGAGCGGAUAAAGAGAAAGUCAAACUGCAGGAGACUCUGCAGGUUGCAGAUCGGGAGAAGACCAAGUUGCAAGAGGCACUACAGCGAGCGGGAAGGGAGCAGAAAGAGCUACAGGAGGCAUUGCAAGAAGCCAGCAGGGAGCAGAGCCAGCUGCAGGAGGCAUUGCAGGAAGCCGGCAGGGAGAAAACUGAGUUUCAUGAGGCAUUGCAGCAAGCUGGCCAAGAGAGAGCCAAACUGCAGGAAGCUUUGCAGCAGACAGAUCAGGAGAAGACCGAGUUGCAGGAGGCGUUGCAGCGAGCGGGCAGGGAGCAGAGCCAGCUGCAGGCAGCAUUGCAGCAAGCUGGCAGGGAGCAGAGACAGCUGCAGGAGGCAUUGCAGGAAGCGGGCUGUGAGAAAACGGAGUUUCAUGAGGUGUUGCAGCGAGCGGACCAAGAGAAAGCCAAACUUCAGGAGGCACUGCAGCAGGCGGAUCAGGAAAAGACCAAACUGCAGGAGGUGUUGCGGCAAGCGGGCAGGGAGCAGAAUGAGAUGCAGAGGGUGUUACAGCAAGCGGAUCAGGAGAAAGCCAAACUGCAGGAGGUUUUGCAGGUCGCGGAUCAGGAGAAGAGUGCGCUGCAGGAGGCGUUGCAGCGAGCGGGCAGGGAGCAGACCAAGCUACAGGCGGCAUUGCAGGAAGCCGGCAGGGAGCGGAGCCAGCUGCAGGCAGCAUUGCAGGAGGCCGGCCGGGAGAAAACGGAGUUUCAUGAGGCGUUGCAGCAAGCGGACCAAGAGAAAGCCAAACUGCAGGAGGCUUUGCACAUCACAGAUCGGGAGAAGACUGAGUUGCAGGAGACAUUGCAGCAAGCACGCAGGGAGCAUAACAAGCUACAGGCGGCGUUGCAGGAAGCCAGCAGGGAGCAGAGCCAGCUGCAGGAGGCAUUGCAGGAAGCCGGCCGGGAGAAAACUGAGUUUCAUGAGGCAUUGCAGCAAGCAGACCAAGAGAAAGCCAAACUGCAGGAGGCUCUGCAGGUCGCAGAUCAGCAGAAGACCGAGUUGCAAGAGGCACUGCAGCAAGCUGGAAGGGAGCGGAGCAAGCUACAGGCGGCAUUGCAGGAAGCCGGCAGGGAGAAAACUGAGUUUCAUGAGGCAUUGCAGCAGGCAGACCAGGAGAAAGUCAAACUGCAAGAGACACUGCAGCAGGCAAAUCAGGAGAAGACCGAGCUGCAGGAGGCGUUGCAGCGAGCGGGCAGGGAGCAGAGCCAGCUGCAGGAGGCACUGCAGGAAGCCACCCGGGAGAAAGCUGAGUUUCAUGAGGCAUUGCAGCAAGCAGGCAGGGAGUGGAGUGAGCUGCAGGAGGCAUUGCAGGAAGCCGGCACUAAGAAAACUGAGCUUCAGGAGGCAUUGCAGCGAGCGGACCAGGAGGAAGCCAAACUGCAGGAGGCUUUGCAGGUCGCAGAUCGGGAGAAGACCGAAUUGCAAGAGGCGUUGCAGCAAGCGGGCAGGGAGCAGAAGAAGCUACAGGCGGCAUUGCAGCAAGCAGGCAGGGAGCAGAGUCAGCUGCAGGAGGCAUUGCAGGAAGCGGGCUGGGAAAAAACUGAGUUUCAGGAGGCACUGCAGCAAGCGGACCAGGAGAAAGCCAAACUGCAGGAAGCUUUGCAGCAGGCGGAUCAGGAAAAGGCCAAACUGCAGGAGGCUUUGCAGGUCGCAGAUCGGGAAAAGACCGAGUUGCAGGAAGUGUUGAAGCGAGCGGGCAGGGAGCAGAACAAGCUACAGACGGCAUUGCAGGAAGCAGGCUGGGAGAAAACUGAGUUUUAUGAGGCCUGGCAACGAGCGGAUCAGGAAAAGAUCAAACUGCAGGAGGCUUUGCAGGUCGCAGAUCAGGAGAAGACUGAGUUGCAAGAGGCGUUGCAGCGAGCGGGCAGGGAGCAGAACAAGCUACAGGCGGCAUUGCAGGAAGCCGGCAGGGAGCAGAGCCAGCUGCAGGAGGCAUUGCAGGAAGCCGGCCGGGAGAAAACCGAGUUUCAUGAGGCGUUGCAGCAAGCGGACCAAGAGAAAGCCAAACUGCAGGAGGCUCUGCAGGUCACAGAUCGGGAGAAGACUGAGUUGCAGGAGACGUUGCAGCGAGCAGACAGGGAGCAGAGCAAGCUACAGGCGGCAUUGCAGCAAGCAGGCAGUGAACAGAGCCAGAUGCAGGAAGCAUUGCAGGAAGCCGGCCGGGAGAAAACUGAGUUUCAUGAGGCGUUGCAGCGAGCGAAUCAGGAGAAAUCCAAACUGCAGGAGGCUCUGCAGGCUGCAGAUGGGGAGAAGAGCGUCCUGCAGGAGACCUUGCAGCGAGCGGGAAGGGAGCAGAAAGAGCUACAGGCGGCAUUGCAGCAAGCAGGCAGGGAGCAGAGCCAGCUGCAGGAGGCAUUGCAGGAAGCCGGCCGGGAGAAAACUGAGUUUCGUGAGGCGUUGCGGCGAGCGGACCAGGAGAGAGCCAAACUGCAGGAGGCUUUGCAGCUGACAGAUCGGGAGAAGACCGAGUUGCAGGAAGUGUUGCAGCGAGCGGGUGGGGAGCAGAGCAAGCUACAGGCGGCAUUGCAGCAAGCGGGCAGGGAGCAAAGCCAGCUGCAGGAGGCAUUGCAGGAAACCGGCCAGGAGAAAACUGAGUUUCAGGAGGCUUUGCAGCGAGCGGACCAGGAGAGAGCCAAACUGCAGGAAGCACUUCAGCAGGCGGAUCAGGAGAAGAUCAAACUGCAGGAGGCAUUGCAGCAAGCGGGCCAGGAGCAGAACGAGCUGCAGACAGUGCUACAGCAAGUGGAUCAGCAGAAAGCCAAACUGCAGGAGGCCUUGCAGCUCGCAGAUCAGGAGAAGACCGAGUUGCAGGAGGCGUUGCAGCGAGCGGGCAGGGAGCAGAGCCAGCUGCAGGCAGCAUUGCAGGAAGCCGGCCGGGAGAAAACUGAGUUUCAUGAGGCGCUGCAGCGAGCGGACCAGGAGAAAGCCAAACUGCAGGAGGCAUUGCAGCAGGACGAUCAGGAAAGGACCAAACUGCGGGAGACGUUGCAGCGAGCGGGCAGGGAGCAGAACAAGCUACAGGCGGCAUUGGAGCAAGCCGGCAGGGAGCAGAGCCAGCUGCAGGAGGCAUUGCAGGAAGCCGGCCGGGAGAAAACGGAAUUUCAGGAGGCAUUACUGCAAGCGGGCCGGGAACAGAAUGAGCUGGAGAAAGCACUGCGGCAAGCAGACGGGCAGAAAACCGAGCGGCAGUUAGCCCUGCGAGAAGCAGCCGGGGAGCAGGCCAGGCUGCGGGGAGCACUGGAGCAAGCCAGAGGGGAGCAGAGCCAGCUGCAGGCGGCACUGCAGGAAGCCGGCGAGGCAAAGGCCCGACUGCAGGAAAUGUUGCAGCAAGCUGACAGAGAAAACACCGAGCUGCGGGGGUUGCUGCAGAAGGUUGGCGGGGAGCAGACCCAACAGCAGGAAGCGUUACAGCAAGCGGACGAGGAAAAGGGCAAGCUGCAAGAGGCACUGCAGCAAGCGGGCCUGGAGCAAGCCGAGGUGCAGCGAGCCUUGCAGCGAGCAGGCCGGGAGCAGGGCAGGCUGCAGAAGGCGCUGCGGGAAGCAGAUGAGGAGAAGGCCGAACUGCGGGGAGCCUUGCAGCAGGCGCGGCAGGAGCAGAGCCGGCUGCAGCGGGCACUGCAAGAAGCAGGCGGGGAGCAGCACGAGUAUCAGGUGGCCUGGCAGCAAGCUGAGCAGGAGCAGAGCGAGCUGCGGGGGGCUUUGCAGCAGGCGGGUAGAGAGAAGGCGGAACUGCAGCGAGCGUUGCAACAGGCAGGGAGGGAGCUGCAGGAGGAACUGCGACGCGUGAACUCGGAGAAGGCCGAGGCGCGGGGCGCGUCGCAGCGGGCAGACAGGGAGAGAGCUGAGCUGCAGCGGGUGUUACGGGAACUGGGCGGAGAGAAGGCCGAGCUGCAGCAGUCACUGCAGCAAGCGGAGGAGCGGGAGACGGAGCUGCGGGAGGCCUGGGUCUUGGAGCAAGCGGGCGAGGAGGAGAUUGGGCCGCAGGAAGCCGGCGGGGAGCGGGCGGCCUUGCGGCGAGCGGGCCAGGAGCAGAGGGAGUUGCAGCCGGCGCUGCGGCCGAUGGGCCGAGAGAGGGCUGGGCCGCAGCUGGCGUUGCAGCAGGCAGAGCGGGAGCCCAGCGGGCUGCAGCGGGCAUUGCGACGAGCUGACGAGGAGAAGACCGCACUGCAGCGAGCGGGCCGGGAGCAGGCUGAGGUGCGGGAGGAGCCGCGGCCGGCAACGGAGGAGCAGAGCCAACUGCAGGAGGCCACUGAGGCGGCGGGGACCCGCGGAGAGACUCGCACCCGGUCCAAGAGAGCCGGCCACCAGUUGGACGCGGAGACGGGGCGGCCGACCUUACUGGACGCCGAGACGGGGCUGCUGACCCUACUGGACGCCGAGACGGAGCGGCUGUCCCUGCUGGAGGCUCUCCUGCUCACCCAGGGCGAGCUGACCGCCGCCGGCCGGCUACUACAGGGCCUGAGACGAGACCUGAGAACCCAGCAGGGGACAGGGCGGCGCGCCCAGCUCCCCGGCCGCCCAGGCGCACGGUCCCCGCUAGAGCGCGAAGCCCAGCAGUGGUGGCAGGAAGCCCGGGAGGCCCAGCAGCGGCUGGCGGAGGCCCAGGAACGGCUAGCGGAGGCCCAGGAAGCUCAGCGGUGGCUAGCGGAGGCCCAGGAGGCUCAGCAGCGGCUAGCAGAGGCCCAGGAAGCUCAGCAGUGGCUAGCGGAGGCCCAAGAGACCCAGCAGCGACUAGCGGAGGUCCAAGAAGCCCAGCAGCAACUAGCGGAGGCCCAGCAGCGGCUAGCGGAGGCCGAAGAGGCCCAGCAGCGGCUAGCGGAGGCCCAAGAGGCCCAGCAGCGGCUAGCAGAGGCCCAAGAGGCCCAGCAGUGGCUAGCGGAGGCCCAAGAGGCCCAGCAGCGGCUAGCGGAGGCCCAAGAGGCCCAGCAGCGGCUAGUGGAGGCCCAGGAGGCUCAGCAGCGGCUAGCGGAGGCCCAAGAGGCCCAGCAGCGGCUAGCGGAGGUUCAAGAGGCCCAGCAGCAGCUAGCAGAGGCCCAAGAGGCCCAGCAGCGGCUAGCGGAGGCCACCCAACAGUGGCCAGAGCCGCCAGAGGCUGAGCAGGGCCAACCAAGGGAGGCCGAGUCCGGGGUCACACGGCUUUGGGCCACAAAGAAGGAGCCGAUCAGCUCGGCUCCGGCCCCGGAGGAACGGGAGCGGAGGGAUGCGAGCAGCCUGCAGGGCCACGGGCCCCAGCCCAGGGAUGGGCGGCCGCAGCGCCCGGCCCAGGUGCGGGUGCCCGCCGCGGUCGGAGCCCCGCCAACCCCGCUCCAGCCGGGCCGGCGGCCGCUCGACGCGGAGGACCAGACCGCGGUCUCGGCCCGGGAGCGGCGGCGAGGCCGUCCACCGCAGACCCCGCCGGCUGACCCCCGCCGACUCCCCGGGGCCUCUGAGGAGGCCGGGCCCGAGCGCCGCGCUGGCGGGGACCCCCGUCUCCCCCUUCCCGCCGGGGCAGGCGUUGCCGAGCAGAGGCCGGGCUCAAUGGAGGCCGCGAGGACCGGCCUGCCCGAGGAGGAGGAGGAAGAGGCGGCCACCCAGCCGAACCACCGAUCGGGCGCCGCGUCGGCGGAGCCAGACCGGAUCCCGGAGAGGAACCGGCGGGAGGCCAACCGGGCCCCGGACAAGGGGAUGGAGGUGGACGAGCGGAGGCGGGCGCGGGGCCCGGCGGCUAGGCCGGAGCCAGAUGUCGCCCCAGGGCCCACCACGAUGGAGGACGAGCUGAUCCCUCCGCCCGGUGCCCUCCGGGAGAGAGCGGAGGGCAGUGGAGCCCGGGCGGGGCCGGGCCGGGGAGUUGGGGGGCCGGUGGGGGGUGGGCAGUGGGAAGGGCAGACCCACCGCCCACCGGAACGGCGGGAAGAUGACAGGGCCGAAUGGGCCCCCCCAGCCGCCAGCACGGAGGAGAGAGACCGAGUCACCGUGACCCAGAUGGAAGAGGUCAAUGCUCUGGAAAAGCAGGGAGCGGCCCGGCCGGCCUCUCCGGAACGCUUGACUCUAGAGCGCUUGUCUCUGGAAUGGGAAGAGAGGCGUCGGGAGGCGGAGGCCCAGGGAGCCCGGAGCCAGGGAGCCACCCGGCCGGCCUCUCCGGAACGCUUGACUCUAGAGCGCUUGUCUCUGGAACGGGAAGAGAGGCGUCGGGAGGCGGAGGCCCAGGGAGCCCGGAGCCGGAAACCGAGGGGUCAGGGGGAGAGGCGGAGGGGCGCGCCGGACCCCUGGGCCCUGGAGCCGGAGGAGAGGCUCCAGGAGAUCCCAUCCCAGAGAGACCCGCCGGGCCUCGGGAGGACCCCCGGGGGAGCCCGGUCUGCGGAGUCCGAGGAGGCGGCGAUGGCGGAGGCCCCCGGAGGGCCGGGUGGCAGGGCCGGGCUGUGGGAACCGGAGACGGAGGAGGAGGAGGAGGCCCGGGCCGCCCCGAUGGGGCGAGCGCGGACCAUCCCGGCCUCACGGGACCAACUCGACCAUCUCCGGCGGGGCCCAGGCGAGCCGGAGCGCCAGCGGGCCCUCCUCGACCGGGGAGAGCCGGGACCCUGCCGGGGGCCGUCGCGGCCGCCGGAGGGGACGGGAAGGGGCCCCCGGGGGGACGCGGGGACGCUGGAGGGGACCCCGACUCACCCCCGGUGGGUCCGGGCCCAGCGGGAGAGGAGAUUUCCAAGCCCCCAGGCCCAAAGUGAGGAAGGGGAGGCUGCCGGGCUGGAGCGGACGAGGACCUGCCCGAGGCCCACUGAGGCCCAAGAGAUGGAGCGGAGGGAGAGGGCCCGGACGCCGGCCACGCUCACGCAGGACUCCGCGUCGAAGGAGGGCUGGCGGUCGGCCCCGGGAGCGGAAGAGGGGCAGCGGGUGGCCGGCCUGCAACGCGCCGUGGCCGGGCUGGAGCAGGAACGAGACCGGCUGCAGCGGCACAAUGCCCAGCUGAGGGCCACUUUGGAGCAGGUGGAGCAUGAACGGAGGAGGCUGAAGAGGAGUUCCUCGCGCCACCCCGCAGGGGAUGCCCACCCGGCCGCCCCAAAGGAAGAAGACGGGGAGACGGGCACGCCGGGCACGGGUCAGGUGGCAGCCCUCUGCAAGCAGGUGGCCCAGCUGCGGAGGCAGCUGGCAGUGGAGCGGCGGCAGAAGGGGGCCUACGUGGCGCGCUGCGCGCAGACCAGCCGGGAGCUGGCCGGCCUCCACCACCAGCUCGCCCACUCCCUGGCCGCGGUGGCCCGGACCCCCGACGCCACCGUGCUGGAGGCCCAGGCCCGCAAGCUGGACGAGUCGCUGACCCUCGGCGCCGGCUCCACGCCGCCGUCCUCGCCCAGGACUCCCCCGGGACCCCCUUCCUCGCUCCCCUCCACGCCCCUCUUAAGCCCCCGCUUCUCCUCCUCGAGGGGCCAGGAGACAAUAAAGCGUCCUCACUCUGCCAGGGUACGCGUCGCCCCCCGUUCCCGGCUCCGGCUGCGGAAGUGGGUGGGAGCGGUCUCGGAGGAGCGCGACGGCCCGCGCGAGAGGCGCUUACCGCGUGCGGCACGCUGUGGGAAACGUGAUGGGCGGCCCCCAGCCCCGGCUGCUCCAGUGCCGUCGCGGUCCGAGGGGAAGUUGAGCCCGUGGGUCGCUGCGGUCACGGCUGUUCCCGGCCCGGGUGCCGAGGGAAUUCGCGGGACGAAGCACGGCCCUCGGGCCGCCCCGCUGGAGGAGGGCGAAAAUCGGCGUGCCGGCGGCGACGGGAAGCCUAGACACCGUCUCUUCGGCCUGGGGAAAAUCGGCGACCCCCGACCUCACGGACGUACCGGUGGCGACGGGAAGCUUGGACACCGUUUCUUCGGCCUGGACGUCCGCGCUGCCGCCCCGGCCGGCGCCCCGUCCCGGGGACGUCGGCAGCCCAAGGCCCGGCCGGAGCCCACCGGGAGGAGUCGCGGCGGAUCCCGCGCUCCGAAACCGGACUGA